AUGUUUUACUCAGAGACGUUGCUGUCGAAAACGGGGCCGUUGGCUCGCGUAUGGCUGUCCGCCAACCUUGAACGAAAACUCUCCAAAUCCCAUAUCCUUCAAUCCGACAUCGAAAGCAGUGUCAAUGCCAUCGUCGACCAGGGACAGGCGCCCAUGGCCUUGCGUCUGAGUGGCCAGCUUCUCUUGGGUGUCGUUCGAAUAUACAGUCGCAAAACUAGAUAUCUCUUAGACGACUGUAACGAAGCUUUAAUGAAAAUCAAGAUGAUAGAUCACGAUCCUAAGAGACCUGCUUCAUCUCUAGGCUGGUCUAGCCAAUUGCUGCCUGAUAGCACUCCCCAGACAAUCAGGCCUAUCGAAAGACCCCACCUCGAAGACGAUACAGGCUUAAUCCUCGAUCUAGGCGAAGACGAAGACAUCCCACUUGGCCACGACACCAGCAUUGAAGUGGGUAGGGAGGCGCCUGCCCCGCGCCCAGUUGGAGAGGACUUAUUCAGUGAUGACCACCGCUUAUUCGGUGACGACCCCAAUCUCGACCUUGGUGAGGAUGGUGCUCCGCUUGAGAAGCUAGGAGAUGCCGACAUGACCCAUGAUAUCGACCAUGCUGCCCAUAUGGAUGACGACAUGCCAAUGGGUGGCAUGGACGGAGAACUAGGCAUGCCUAUCGAUGAGGACUCUACUAUAAUUCCUGGCCUUACGAGUGAUUUUACUCGGAGAUCAGCCUCCCCACUCUCGUCUGUUCGUUCUAGUGUCAUCCGUGACAUGGACGAAACGUUUGCGAAUGAAGGAGCUAUUCGACAUCACCAGAGAGUAAAGCGAAGAAGACUUAUCAUGCCAGAUGCCGAUACAAUCCUCUCCAGUGCCCAGAUCAAAGAACAACAAGAAGACCGCUCAAAUAUUUUGAUAGCCGAGUCCAUCCUCCCACGAGACCCAGUCCUACUCACUCUUAUGAUGAUGCAGAAGAAUGGGACCUUUGUCUCCAGCGUAAUGGGAGGCGCGAGCAGCUGCAACUGGGCACCUGAGCUUCGCGGAAUGCUUUCGAUCGAAUCGGUCAGGAAGGCGGGAGACCUAAAGCGAAAACGAGACAGCGGUAUUGCCGAUAUGGAUAUCGAUUCUGGCGCCAAGGUUCCUCGACUUGAACUUGAGGGAGAAGAGACUCUAUUGCAGCCCGAUGAAGAACUGGCCGUCGGAGACGAUACAGGCCUAAACCAACAGUCAGAGAUCCAGGUUCCCGACGACGAUGAACAAGCUCACCCCCGCUCUGGCGAUGCCCACUUCAGCGAAGAUGAAGGUCUUGGUCAGCAUGCGGAUGAAUAUGACGAGCUCAGCAGCCUGGUCGAAACCGGCCCAAUUUCUCUUGGAACGAAACACGCUGUUCACGUUCUACGAGAGCAAUUCGGCGAAGCCACAUCCACCGACUCGCCAACCCAGUCAAAGGGCAAAGCUGUCGUCUUCCAAGACCUCCUCCCCGAACACCACACAAGCAAAGCUGAUGCUACUAAGAUGUUCUUUGAAGUCCUUGUGCUUGCAACAAAAGAUGCUGUCAAGGUUGAGCAAAGUAGUAAAGACCUCGGCGCGCGACUAAGAAUUAAAGCAAAACAAGGCCUCUGGGGCGACUGGGCCGAAACCGAAGCGGGCGGUGAAAUUGCACCACAAGAGGUCGAGGCCGCAGCGUGA